AGAGUGGAGAACGGGGUGCAGGCGGGAGCGAGGGGUUUCUUGGCUCCCCUGUCCCAGCUAUCAGGGAAAACAUGGCGACAGAUUGGCUUGGAAGCAUUGUCUCAAUCAGUUGUGGAGACAGCUUGGGAGUCUAUCAGGGAAGAGUGUCAGCUGUCGAUCAAGCUAGCCAGACAAUUUCACUAACACGGCCUUUCCAUAAUGGAGUGAAAUGUUUGGUACCAGAGGUUACCUUCAGGGCUGGUGAUAUUACUGAGCUGAAGAUCCUGGAGAUUCCAGGCCUUGGCAAUAAUGGACAAUGUGGAGACUUUCAGCACACUGACCUUGGCAUUCCUAAUCUUGAGUGUGCAGGUGGUGCCAGUCAGAACGGCACUGGCAAAUUGCUUAAGAAACCUAGCAGUGCACCCCAGAAUAUCCCCAGGAGAACUGAUGUGAAAAGCCAGGAUGUUGCUGUUUCUCCCCAGCAGCAUCCCUGUUCUAAGAGCUACAUGGAUCGACACAUGGAGUCCUUGAGCCAGUCAAAGAACUUCCGCCGCAGGCACAACUCAUGGUCGUCCAGUAGCCGUCAUCCAAACCAGGUCACUCCAAAGAAAAGCGGUGCGAAGAACGGCCAGAUGAAGAACAAGGACGACGAAUGCUUUGGGGACGACAUCGAAGAGAUUCCAGAUACAGAUUUUGACUUUGAGGGGAAUCUGGCCCUUUUCGAUAAGGCGGCUGUGUUUGAGGAGAUUGAGACCUAUGAGAGGAAGAGUGGGACCCGCUCCAGAGGCACGCCGAGUGAGAAAGCCGCCCGUUAUCGCCACGAUGAGAACAUCUUGGAAUCUGAGCCCAUCGUGUACAGAAGAAUCACCGUUCCCCAGCCAAGCAAAGAGUUCUGCACUGACUCUGGGUUGGUUGUUCCAAGCGUCUCUUAUGAGCUACACAAAAAGCUGCUUUCCGUGGCUGAGAAACAUGGUUUGACUCUUGAGCGGAGGUUGGAAAUGACAGGCGUGUGUGCCAGCCAGAUGGCCUUGAGUUUGCUCGGAGGACCCAACAGGCUGAACCCUAAAAACAUUCAUCAGCGACCUAUUGUUGCCCUGUUGUGUGGCCCCCAUGUGAAAGGGGCCCAGGGAAUCAGCUGUGGUCGACAUCUUUCCAAUCAUGAUGUGGAUGUCAUUCUGUUCCUUCCCAACUUUGUCAAGAUGCUGGAAUCAAUCACCAAUGAACUGACACUGUUCAGCAAGACACAAGGCCAGCAGGUGUCCAGUAUUAAAGAUCUUCCAGACACACCGGUUGACUUAGUGAUAAACUGCUUGGAUUGCCACGAAAAUGCUUUCCUGAGGGAUCAGCCUUGGUACAAAGCUGCAGUAGACUGGGCCAAUCAGAACAGGGCCCCCGUCCUCAGCUUAGACCCUCCUGUGAAUGAAAUGGAACAAGGAAUCGACGCCAAGUGGUCUCUGGCCCUGGGGCUGCCAUUGCCACUGAGUGAGAGGGCUGGCCGGCUCUAUCUGUGUGACAUCGGCAUUCCGCAGAAAGUUUUCCAGGAGGUGGGCAUAAAUUACCACUCUCCUUUUGGCUGCAAAUUUGUCAUCCCUCUGCACUCAACCUAAAGUGGGGAAGCCUGACCUCUUGGUCCAGGAGAAGACAACAAGGAAAGAACAGCCUCCAACUAUCCAAUGGAUCCUAACCAUAUUAAACAUUUGGAUGCCUUAAGGAAAUUAACUUCUGGGCUGGGUUUCUUCUCAAAGAAACAUCGAUACAGUGUUAAAGAGAAUCGCGAGAAUUCACGUUCCUCUGA